GGAGGAAAGCAGAGUACAGACAGAGAACAGACAGAAGGAAGAAGGAGAGAGAAAGAGAAGAGACAAAGUCCAACAUGCCUCAACCAAGGGCCUCACUAUUGUGGAACAGAGUAACGAGUGAUAGCUGACUUUCUGCCACGGGUUCUCUCACUCUGUCACUGAGUCUCAGCCCACAGUCAUGAUGACCGUUUUCCCUCCGAAUUCCUCCUCCACUGGACAGCAGCUCUAUUGCCCUCUGCUGGAAACAAUGCGUAACCACUCCCUUAACAACAACACGCAUGUCAACCUGGUUUUGGUCAGCGUGCUGGGAGUGGUCUCUGGCCUAGGCAUCCUAGAGAAUGCGCUGGUUUUGUGGGUGCUGGGCUUUCGUCUGCGACGGAAGACCGUGGCUGCGGUGUGGGUUAUCAAUCUGGCCCUAUCUGACUUCCUGGCCACGCUGACACUGCCUCUCUUCACACAUUACCUGGCAGUGGGACACAGCUGGGAGCUGGGACAGGUGCUCUGCUCUGCCGAGGCCUCCGUCUUCUUCCUCAACAUGUUCGUCUCUGCCUACCUGUUGGCUGCCAUAUCGCUGGACCGCUGCCUGUUGGUGGCCAAGCCUGUUUGGAGCCAGAACCACCGUACGGUGGCAUCUGCCUGCAAGGUAUGUGCCCUAGGCUGGCUGUGGGCGGCAGUUAACACCUUCCCUUACUACGUGUUCCGUCGCGUGACGGUUAAACGGGACGGACGGAAGCUUUGCUACCAUAACUUUGCCAUCUAUUCCUCGUUGAUCAUGCUGGAGCAGAACUGCAAGGUUCGGCAGACGGCAACUGCAGUGUCAAAGGUGCUUCUGGCAUUUAUAUUGCCUGUGGUCAUCAUCGCUUUGAGUUACAGACACUUUGCCCAGCAGCUCCGUGCCCGCAGACAGAGGCGGGCGAGCCACCAAAUGGGUGUAAUGGGAAAUGGUAAAGUGGACAGGUCCAAGUCAUCCCGUAAGCUUUCCACCGUUUCUCCAUCAGCUGGUGCAGAGAGACUAUCCAGAAGCUUCAAUAAGAUGGUUGCCUCAGUAAUCACGACCUUCGCCCUCUGUUGGGCACCAUAUCACCUCUUCUGCAUGCUGGAAGUGACGGCUCAGUAUUUUCCAAGUGAUUCAUCGCUUGUGGCACUGGUCGAGGUGGGGUUGCCUUUGUCGACAGUCUUCGCUUUUAUGAACCCUGUGCUGAAUCCCAUCAUCUACACCUUCAGCUGCCCACACUUCUGCACGCGGAUUCGCCAGAGUCUGGGGUUGCUCUUUGAAGGGCUGGUGGAGGAAGCAGGACCCCUAGUCCUGACCACCAGCAGAAGAUGGAAGAAAGACCCCAUCUCUCCAACAUCCCCCAUCUCUCUUAGCUCCCCAACCACUCCCACUCUCCCUCGCCUAUUCAACUUUGAGAAAUGCCCUGAAGAGGAAUCAGGACAAAAUGUGUGACUCAUGGUGCUCUAGUCUGUGACAAGUAGACCACAAGCUUGAACAUAUAGUCCAAUACUGUCCAAUAUACAUAUAGCCCAGUACUGUCAGACAGGCUAUUUUCAGCGAUGAACCCAAACCAACAAAAAGGGCAACAUGACAAGGGCUGCACCAAUUUAUGAAUUGGAAUUGUGGCUGAUUCUGAUUCCUAUUUCUUUACAGCCAAAUUGGUUGAUGGCUGAGUUUUGGCUGAUUUUAUUAGCCUCCUUUUUUACCCAAAAAAUAAACUGUGUGAGCUAAAUUAACAUUAUUUGCUCAUUAAUGAGACAGACUGACAUUGUAAAUUUGUAAAAGGUAAAGUCACUUAACGUGAAUCAAAUAAAGUGGUAAAUAGAAAAUAAAUGUAUAAUCUGGUACAUUUCGGUACAGGUGUAACAAAGGGGACGUCACUAAGCAGACUAGCCAAUAUAAAAAUAGUAAUUUGCUGGAUUGCUGAGUGUUUGGUCAAACUCUGGUCAUGCUGAUCUUGGCUGAUUCCAAUUGUGCACCUAAAAUAAUUAAUGACUUGGGCUUUAGAACUGUUAGAAGAACUCUGUGCUGUUAGUACUGACUAAGCAAUAUCAUUGAUAUUGCAUGUCUGAAAUUCUGAGUCUCUCAGACUAAUAUCUCUCUGUGACUUUUGUCAAAUGCCUGAAAACACUUGUGUGGUUAGAAACCUUAUAAACAGAGCAAUACGACAAAUGGCUCCCUCUCUCUCUGUGUCUCUCACACUGAUUUAGGUCACAGCAUUAUGCAGGAUUACCUUUGAGGUUGUUGUAACUUUGAGAAUAUCUGAAUCCUCACAUUGUUUCAAUCUCAGAACUCACAAUUCAGAUUGUUCAACGUUACACACACAAUAGAAUUAACCAUUUCAGCACGUUUCUUCUAGCAAACCAAAACCAGAAAACCAACCAUUAGACAGGUCUUUAUCCUGCCAUCUAUGGUGAUCAAAAGCCUUCACUUUUUUACAGAUUUUACAGUUUUUAUCCUCAGUGAAACUGCAUUGUAUCCAGAUACACUCACAAACAAACAGUUAUGAGUACACUCACUAGUGUAAGUAUUUCUCUUAAGUGUACAGAAGAUACUUAAGACCUUUCUGAAAAUGUACUCUUAGUGGUUACUCUGUUUGUGUUAGACAUAUUUGAUCUCUAUUGAAAUUAUACAAAGACAAUACGAAACAAAGUUUUAUAGAAGGCUAAUAAACUAUUUUUGCAUGUCGCUUUUUA